GGCAGUGUCUCCUUUGUGUGUGUGUGUGUGUCUGCGUGCGCAUGGCCGCAUGCGCAUGUGUGUUGCCGUGUAUUUGUAUGCAUGCAAUCCAGGGAGGAGCCAACACACAGCAUUAGAGAAAGGAGGAUGGCGGAGCUGAAAUCUCGCAGCCGGGAGAGCUUGAACAAGGUGACGGAGUUAAAGAUGGAGGGCCCGGCAGAUGAGGGCAGUGUGGUGGAGGAGGAGCCCAUGAAGGAGUCUCCCAAAGAAGACGGCCCCAAAAACAAGAUUGAGCUGAAGAGGAGCAUCACGCUGUUCAACGGCGUGGGCAUGAUCAUUGGGACCAUCAUCGGCUCGGGCAUCUUUGUGUCGCCCACAGGUGUGGUGAAGGAGGUGGGCUCCCCUGGCUUGUCACUGAUUGUGUGGACUGUGUGCGGUGUGGUCUCCACCAUGGGAGCGCUGUGCUACGCCGAGCUGGGCACCACCAUCACCAAGUCGGGAGGAGACUACACCUACAUCCUGGUGGUGUACGGCGAGUUGGCAGCUUUCCUUAAGCUGUGGAUAGAGAUGCUAAUCAUACGCCCGUCCUCGCAGUAUGUGGUCUCCCUGGUUUUUGCCACAUACCUGCUCAAGCCACUCUUCCCAGACUGCCCUGUUCCAGAGGCUCCAGCCAAGCUCAUUGCAUGCCUCUGUCUAACUUCACUGACCUUUGUGAAUUGCAUCAGUGUCAGAGCGGCGACCAAAGUCCAGGAUGUCUUCACAGCAUCUAAGCUCCUUGCUCUUUUAAUCAUCAUUUUAUUUGGCUUUAUUCAGAUUGCAACAGGUGACGUCGAUUACCUGUCUCCAAACGUGGCAUUUGAGGGCAGCAAAAUGGGAGUGGAUAACAUAGUGCUGGCCCUGUACAGCGGAUUGUUUGCCUAUGGUGGAUGGAAUUAUCUGAACUAUGUCACUGAGGAAAUGAUCAAUCCCGAGAGGAACCUACCUCUGUCAAUAAUCAUCAGCAUGCCAAUAGUAACUGUGGUGUAUGUGCUGACGAACAUGGCAUAUCUCGCCACCAUCCCCACACAGGUCAUGGUGGAGUCUGAAGCUGUCGCUGUGUCUUUUGGGGAGUACCAUCUGGGUGUGAUGUCUUGGAUCAUUCCAGUCUUUGUGGGGCUGUCCUGUUUUGGUGCAGUCAAUGGCAGUUUGUUCACCUCAGCCAGGCUGUUUUAUGCGGGUGCUCGUGCGGGACAGCUGCCUGCCGCCCUUGGAUUGGUCCACAGUGACCACUUCACCCCAGUCCCCUCCCUCAUCUUCACAUGCUGCUUGUCCAUGUUCUAUGCGCUGUCCAAGGACAUCUUCUCCGUCAUCAACCUCUUCAGUUUCUUCACAUGGUUGUGUGUUGGCAUGGCGAUCGCUGGGAUGUUGUGGCUGCGCUGGACCCAACCUGACCUCCGCAGGCCCAUAAAGAUUCCGUUGGUGGUCCCUGUGGUAUUUGUGCUGGGCUGCACCUUCAUGGUGCUGGUGUCCUUCUGGGCCGCCCCCUUUGAGUGCCUGGUCGGCUCGGGCAUCAUCCUCUCAGGCAUCCCAUUCUACCUGCUGGGCUACAAGUGGCAGAAGCCCCGCGAGGUGCAGAAGGUCCUCGAAAUCUUCACUCUUUUCUGCCAGAAGAUUUUCUUGUCAGUUCCAGAGGAGCGGGAUACAACAGAGUGAUCCAGUCAGAAUCAGCUGUGGGUGUGUUUCUUAUUUGUGUUGAAGUCCAAAAGAGAAGUGGCAUUGUAUUUGUCUCUGUGGUUUCAGGUAAAUCUGUUUAUUUUCUUUUGUCCUCUUCCUACUUUUCUCACGUAACAAAGACAUGUAGUAUUUCAGUCACACCUCAACCGAAUCAGCAGACACAUGCAACAAAAGCUGCUGGAGUUAAAGUCUCUAUUGUUUGUAAAUGUUAAACAGAUCUCAGUGCGACUGAUACUCAGUAAUGAGGUGGAGCUCAGCCUAAUUCACCCCUUUAACCCGAGCUGCACGGAAGAACCCCAGACUUGAGCCCAGUCAACCUGGAGUAUUCAGGUCGAAUAAGUGUAGAGAUGUGGUCUGCGAGGAGCUAAAUGUAGACACAUUUGCAUUCAGAGCCAAAUGCCAACGCAGCACUUUCUCUGUAGGCUGUAUCUUAUGCCUCUAAGCAUAUAAAUGUCUUGUGCACCAGCGCCAAUCCAUGGCCAGUAGGUUGAUAAUAGAGCAUGCAUGCUCAGGGGGAUAGUCCUUUAAAGAGGGAGAGCUACAGAAACUCACAGGGUAUUUAUUGUUUUCAAUCAACUCAAUGAGUCUCCCUCAACUUCUCUUGGCUUCUUUGCCAGUUAUUCUAAAUUGUGGGAAAUUGCCCAAACUUCUGUGGAAAUUACCUCAUAAAUUCUCCACAAGGAAAAUACUAAACCAGUCAACUUGCUUAAUUUUUUAAUCCCAUAUUUAAUUUCUAUUGGUACUGUAGCUGACCUCAUACUAACCUGUUCUGUUGGUAUAAUAUAUUUCCCAUUACUACUAGGGUAACAACUGUUUGCCAUUUGUCAUUGAGGUUUCAUUUUCUCAUCACAGAUGUCUGCAUCUGCUUGUUAGUUUUGAAAGAAAAGACACCAAUUACUUAAAGAUCUUGAGGUGUCUGUACUGAGAUUACGUGGAUGUUUUUUUUUCUUUUUUUUUCUCCAAAACACCAGCCUAAAUGUGACCUGACAACUGCGAUACACACACACACUGUACAAUAAGCAACAGGAACUCAUAUUCAGGAAAGGAGAGGCCUGAUUUAUCCCCUUUAGGAUAGGCCUCUUUAUCUCCCUACAGCUAUGAUAUACCCGCACCUUCCCAUAGGUAGCGCUGUCGCCUAUGUUUAAACAUUUGGGCAAAAGUGAACUCUACAGUAGUAGCAGUACUGUCAGUAGGCCUCUUUUACAAGAUAAUCAGAGAUGUCAUGAGCACAGUAACAGAGGGUAAAGUACAAGCACAAAAAUAGUAUGGAUUAAAGGGAAUAACCUCUGUGUCUGUGUCUCAAGAUUCAACAAGUUCUUUCGUCCAGAACAGUAGUUCGUGUAGUUGUUGUUAAUAUUUAUGCUGUUAUUGGGUUAGGUUUUCUUCAUAUGAAUGAUAUGAGUAUGGCUUUUCAGUGCUUUUCUUAUUAUGUAAUUGUUUUUGUACCUCGCUGAAAAAUGAAGAAAACUUCCCAACAAUGACAUAGAGGAGCAUCAGGCAGUGGAACACUUGUUAUCCUUAGUUGCUCUGUCAAACAGACCCAUUGUGAAUAUGUGUGUGUGUCCAUUUUCUACAUUCAGAUUAUUUGCUUUUAUAUUUUUUACGAGUGAUUUCUAGGCAUUAGGUGUAUGUUUACAUUAUGUGAUCUUUUAGACAUAAACUGGGCCCAGUGGCAGAGACUAGAGCUGAGUUAGCAUUGUCAGACUGCGCUAGCAAGAGUAUGAAGAAGUUGAAGACGCACACACAACAUUGUACGGGAGAAGGACAUGAGUCCAACCUGUGAUUGUAAUGUUUGUAUUACUUGCUAAAUGUUGCUUUUUCGUAACGCAAGAUUUAAAACUCUCCGUCUUUCACUCCUUUUAGUCUGAAUGUCAGUCUUGAUGGCAGAAACUCAAUAAAAAUGUACUGAGAAGCAAA